AUGGUGAAGAUUGAGACUUUCGCGGUGGAACAGUGGAUGGACAAGUAUGAGACCACCGCCAAGUAUAACAUCGCCGAGACCUGUUGCGCAUCCAUCUCUGUCGACGACCUCUGUGCGAUCUCUGACGACAAGGUGUCCAAUCCAUUGACCCAGCUUCAAUCCACCAAACUGACGUAUGGCGCGAUUCGGGGAUCCGAUAAGCUGCGAACAACCCUAUCCAAUCUAUACUCGGCCAGGGCGCCGACUGUGUUGCCCAAGGAUAACAUUCUGAUCACCGCCGGGGCAAUCCAGGCCAACUUUUUGUUGCUUUACACGCUGAUUGGGCCUGGGGACCACGUUAUCUGCCACUAUCCAACAUACCAGCAACUAUAUUCUAUCCCCGAAUCACUUGGAGCCGAGGUCAGCCUGUGGAAGUCUAAGGAGACUGAUGGGUGGCAGUUGGAUCUGGACGAGCUGAAAAGCCUCAUUCGCCCCAACACAAAGAUGAUCAUUAUCAACAACCCCCAAAACCCCACCGGAGCGAUCAUACCUCGCGAUACCCUUGAUAAAUUGGUCGGCAUCGCCCGCGAGCAGUCCAUCAUUAUUCACUCGGACGAGGUUUAUCGUCCAAUCUUCCAUGGCAUCGGCCCAGCAGACCCGAAAUUCCCGCCGACCAUUCUUUCCCUAGGCUAUGAGCGCACCGUGGCGACCGGGUCCAUUUCCAAGGCCUAUAGCCUAGCAGGCUUACGUGUCGGCUGGGUUGCCUCGCGUGACAAGGACAUUGUUGAGGCGCUUGCCAACGCGCGCGAUUACACAACUAUCUCGGUCGGCCAGAUUGACGACUCGAUCGCGAGUUUUGCACUGGCACCGGAUUGCAUCCAUAAUCUUCUGAAACGGAACAUCGAUCUGGCUCGGGCCAACCUUGCGAUUUUGGAGAAAUUCAUCGAAUCUCACCGCUGGGCUUGUGAUUGGAUUAAACCUCAAGCCGGCACCACUGCGUUCGUGCGGUUCAACAAGAUGGGGAAACCGGUGGACGAUGUUGCAUUUUGCGAGAUGCUUCAGGAACGCACUGGGGUAAUGCUCGUUCCAGGCAGUCUUUGCUUUGGCGGCGGAGAAGAUUUCAAGGGAUAUGUCCGCAUUGGAUAUGUUAAUGAAACCCAAGUUUUGGAGCAGGGCUUAGAUGCCUUGCGAGACUUCAUGGAGGAGGGCUACGAGGAUGUUCCCGCGGUCAAGAAGCUUGUCAGAAGAUGA